CACCACCCCCGUGCGCGGGCGGCGGCUGGGCCAGAGCGUGUCGCGGGGGCGUCGCGGCGGCAGGUCGCCCGUAAAUAAGAAGGCGGGAGGGGGUAGGGCGGUUGCGUUCCGGCGGCCGAGCGACCUCCUCUCCCUUCCCUCGGCCCUGGACCCCGCCCUGCUCUCUCUUUUGGCGGCGGCGGCGGUUUGUCUCGGCGAGGCUCCGCUACGCCCGGCUGGACAGACGCAAAAGGCGGAGGGCGAGAGAAAUGGCUGAGACCGUUGCGGACACCAGGCGCCUCAUAACCAAGCCGCAGAACCUCAACGACGCUUACGGGCCCCCGAGCAACUUCCUGGAGAUCGACGUCAGCAACCCCCAGACGGUGGGGGUUGGGCGGGGGCGCUUUACAACCUACGAGGUCAGAGUCAAGACAAAUCUUCCGAUCUUCAAAUUGAAGGAGUCUUGCGUCAGGAGACGAUACAGUGAUUUUGAAUGGCUUCGAAGUGAGCUAGAAAGAGAAAGUAAGGUGGUUGUACCUCCUCUACCCGGAAAAGCUUUUCUUCGUCAAUUGCCUUUCAGAGGAGAUGAUGGGAUAUUUGAUGAUUCCUUUAUAGAAGAGAGGAAGCUGGGGCUUGAACAAUUCAUAAACAAAGUUGCAGGUCAUCCUUUGGCCCAGAAUGAACGUUGUCUUCAUAUGUUCUUGCAAGAUGAAAUAAUAGAUAAAAGCUACACACCAUCGAAAAUAAGACAUGCUUGAAUGCUGCACAACACUUUAACCGGCAUAAAUGUUAGUGAUUAACUUACAUGGUCCAAGAUUUGUAGUUAAGGUUUUAGCAUGCUCCAGACCAAUUGGCACAAGAAAUUUUUGGUAUAUUAAUGGCACUGCUUGGUCUUUGCAUUCAUUUUAUGGCAUUAAAGAAGUUUAGGUAAAUCUGCUGUCAGAUGUUUGAUUAAAUGGCUUUUAAAAAUCUAAAUACUUUGAACCUCUUUUCUUCCUUUGCAGUGACCUUGUGGGGAUUACUGACUUGGCCUUACUUGAACUUGCACUGUUCUGGUAUUGCACGUUCACUUUUAUUUGAUUAAAACACUAGAAUAUUUCUGUAAAAUAAGUAGUAUUGCACCUACAUUUUGGUGACUAACGUUGUUUCAUUAUCCCCUUGUGUAAAAUAAGCACUUCUGAGGUUGUAUCCUUAAGUGGUAAAACAAAUACCUUUGUACUGAGAAGCAAUGAGGAAACUAUCUUUAUAUUGUGUAAAAAGAAAUCAAGAUUUGUAUACUAAGAUCAUUUGUCUAAAGUUGUUUUGAAAUAAAAAAGUGAAAUACA